ACUGCGUUGAGCUAGACAACGUUACAGGUUUGUUUUGCUCUCAACAGAUGGCGCUCAGCCUGUCUCUUCAGUAAACAGAUCGCGGAAGAUGGCCACCCAUAAGAAGAAAACCAGAAAGUUGCGUGGCCACGUCAGCCACGGUCAUGGCCGUGUUGGCAAACACCGUAAGCAUCCUGGUGGUCGUGGUAAUGCUGGUGGUCAACAUCACCACAGAAUAAACUUUGAUAAAUACCAUCCUGGUUACUUUGGUAAGGUUGGUAUGAGAAAUUUCCACGUUAGACCCAACCAGAAAUGGUGUCCCAUCAUUAACCUUGAUAAGAUUUGGUCUUUGGUAUCCACACAGACGAGAGUGCAGUAUAAAGAUCCCAAAAUUAGCAAAGGAAGGGCACCUGUUAUAAACUGUGUGAAAGCGGGAUACUAUAAGGUACUUGGUAAGGGAAAGCUCCCCAAACAGCCAUUGAUUGUGAAGGCAAAAUUCUUCUCAAGAAAAGCUGAGCAAAAGAUUAAGUCAGUUGGUGGCUGUUGUGUACUAGUUGCUUAGUCAGCUGGAGCUCUGAAAGUUGUGCGGAAAAGAAUAAACGUUAUUUCCGUA